CAGCUCACUACUUGCUUACUCUUGCUGCCCAUUCUUCCUUCUGUGGUGAACAAGACACACCAAGUCAUCCCACCCACACCUCCUGAACUCUUUUCCCCUUUUCCUUUACUUAAUAAACUACUACUACAAAAGCAGACCACCGUACCCCGGAAUUUUCAAAAGUCUAACCUCCUAGCCCACAGACCUUGUCCAUUCCCUUUGCAGACUAAUGAAAGGCCAAGACACCGACCGACCACCUUCCAAUUAAACCAUCACGACACCAACCCCAGUCAAGCCAAACGGAAGGGUCGAAAAUGAGGGGAAAGACACGGACGGCAAAUGAUUCUAGCCCGAUCGUGGGUUGACGAACCUCGGGUAUCGACGCAUCUGAAAGAAGCGAGGGCCAGGGUACAACGGGGAAGGGAAGAGAAAAGAGCUGCUGGUCCUGCCGGUUCUCGUGAGAGCGUCAUCCCUCCCUCACUUUUUCUUUUCCCCCUGCAUCGGAUCUCCCCGCGGGGGAGAAGCGAGAUGAGAUCACGAUCAUCCGCCUGGGCUGGGUCAUGGACCUUGGUCUUGCAGGACUUUGCUUCAGCAAAAGUGUCUGCGUCCCGUUUGGGCAAGAUUGGCUGGGGCAGGGAUACGAUUCCCGAUCGACACGGCAACUGGCUGCUGACCGACCGUGCUCUCUCUCCGACUGUACAGAGAAGUACUUACCUACAGUAUGAAUCAUGCAGUUCUGAACAGACCUCUCCGAUUGAUGGGUCGACUACUUCUCUGAUGAUUUUCGAUGGUCUCUCCGUCUACGGGUUAUCCUAAUUAGUAUCUUGCUUACUGGGUUAACCCCCGUUCCCCGUCACCUCACCUCACCUUACCCUACUUCAGUCCCCGUUCGUAGUUCCAACCAAACACCCA